AUGGCCGUCAAGGACGGCGUCUCAUGCUAUCCGACCGAGCGCCUGAUCUCCCGAAAAGCACGACGACACUAUCGCAUCCCUGUCAAGUCGCAGUACGUCUCCCACUGCCGCUUCAUCGGCAUCAUUCUCUUUCGCCUCUGGAAUAACCUAGCCAAGAAGCUACACUGGCAGCUGCGAUCACUCAUCAGCGCCGAUGCCCACGAUAGCGUGUAUUUUCCCGGCGGCAAUGGCGCCAACCACGUCCAGCGGCUGAACACGGCGACAAACGAGUGUGAGACUGUGCGGCUGCUGUCCUUCUCCCCACGGUGCCUCGUCGCCCAGAACGGCUGGGUGUGCUGCGGCGGCGAGACGGGCGAGUUCACGGCCCUGCAGGUGCACGACGCCCACGACGCCCACGACGCCCACGACGCCCACGAGGCCCACGACACCCUCAGCAGCGCCGCCAGCCAUCUCGGCGACCUCCAGUCGAGCUUUGACAUCGACAGCGACUUUGCCCGCAUCGGCCUGGCCUACAUGCGUCCAGACGGCUCCGUCAUCCCGGGCACGCGCCUGCUCCCCCGCGCGAGCAAGACCUCGACGGCCAAGAGCAUGAAGCUAGCGCGUGAUAGGGUCAACUGCGUCACGCUCUGGUUCCCCCCGGACAUGGCGCCGCCCGCGCCCGACCGGUACAACGAGCCCGUCGCUGUUCUCGCCAACAAUGACAAGACGGUCGUCGUCAUCAGCCUGCACGACUUUGAGGCCAAGGACAAGACGGAGCCCCUCGACAUGGUCACAUAUCCCGACUACGUCAACCGUUCCCUCUUGUCGCCCGACGGCCGUCUCCUGGUUGCCAUCCUCGACGACCCCUACCUCUACAUACACCGGCGCGUCGAGAAGCACGACGACCAGACGGCCGCCGGUGACAGCAACGCGACCGCGUAUCAGUGGGAAGAGGCGAGGAAGGUCUUGCUCAAGAGCCAGCGCAAGGGCGACCUCUCCGACAGCCGCGGCAGCUUUGCCGCCUGCUUUUCCCACUCGGGCGCUUAUCUGGCCGUCGGCACCCAGUACGGCACAGUCUCCAUCUUUGACGUCGAGACCCUGACCGAUCUCGACGCCGACCCGCUGCUGACGACCUUUGACUCGUCGCGGCCCAUGGUGAGCGAAGGCGCCAUCCGCGACAUGGCCUUUUGUCCUGGCCCCUUUGACCUGCUGGCCUGGACCGAAGAUCGGGGCCACGUGGGCGUUGCCGAUAUCAGGUCUGGAUUCGCGCAGCAGCAGAUUCUCAACAUCAGCGCCACCGACGACUUCAGCCACAUCAGCAUCCUCGACCGAAACUCGGUCGACCCGCGGCUGCUCGAGGGCCGGGGCGAGCGGAGCGACAAUCUCGCCGCGAACCUGUCUUCGUCGCUGAACCUGUCCGACCUGCGCCGCCUCCGAGGCCCCGAAGGCGCAGACCGGCACGGCUUACCCCUGUCGCACGAGGAGACGGUCGUCCUCGAGGCCCUGCAAGCCGAACGCCGCCGCAGGGAGCAGACGGAUCGCAUCGCCGCCCGCCUCGCAGACCACUCGUCGGGCCCCACCCUGACGGCGGCGUUGACGGCGAGCGGCCGCCUCCCGCGGCCAGACAGCAGCGUCGCCAACAGCAACACCACCAACAACAACAACAACAACGAAGCGGGCGCUGACGACGUGGCGCGGGCUGUGCGUGAGGAAGAACGCGAACGGGAAGAGCGCAGCAACAUUACGCGCGCCCUCAGCGACUGGCUGCACGACUCGCGCGAACGCGGCCAGGAGCGCGUGCGCUAG